GAAUCUGUCAGCCAUCCAGGACAGAGAGAUCUGCUGUUACUCCAUCUCCUGCAAGGAGAAAGACAACAUUGACAUCACUCUCCAGUGGUUGAUCCAACACUCCCGGACUAAGAGGAGUUCCUGAGAGCAGAAGCGCCCCCCCCAACAGAACAGGCCACGCCCACUUGAUCAACCCCCCCACCCUGAAAACCCCACCCCCCCCCUUUUCCCCCCAAUCUCUGACUAUCCCCCUGUACAUCUACCCCAUCCACAUUAAUAUCAUCCACCACGCCGACCUCACGAUGCACUGAUGCCUCUUUUUGUUUUGUUGGUUUAUACAGAAUACACACAAACACACACUCACACAUAUAUAUAAACUCAAGCGUCUGUCUUUUUUUUUUUAAAGCUUUCAAGAAUAAAACGCCGCUGCACCGUAGCCGAGUCAAGUCAUUUCUAUUUAUAGAGCACAUUUACAUUCACACAGACAUUUGUAUGACAGUCAACAGUGUUAAAGGUGAAUGUUAGAAAACCAGCUUUUUAAUACUUAAGUGAGUUUAACCCAAAUUAAUGAACACAUUAUCAACUGUUUUCAUAAAGACCAGGAGGUGUUUUUAUCAGCUUAUUUAAUUUGCUGUUAACAGUUUGCUCACAUGAUCUUACAGAUAUGAAAUAGCAGAAAUGAGAUAAAACCUACAGAGCUGAUUUCAGAGUGUCCAGUCCAGCAGACAGCAGCUUCACUCCUGAAUCAGGCAGGUUGGGAUCGUAGCUCAGGUCCAGAUGUGACAUAUGGGGGGGGUUGGACUUCAGAGCUGAGGUCAAAACUUGACAGUGAGUCUCUGAGAAAGUCUGUUAUGACACUUAAAUUACAACAUAUGUUAUUAAAAGUCAAAACCUGGAUGAGUAAAACCAGACGUUGGGGUUUAAAAAAAAACAAAAAAAAAGACUUUUUUAAAGAUAUCAGCUGCAGAAAAGUGGUAUCAGUGCAUCUCUACAGAUCCACACACACACAUCUCCCCCCCACACACACAUUUCCUCUCCCCCCAAACACACACAACUCCUUCAUCUUUAUUUUUAAACUGGUGUUUAUGCUAAAAUAAAAUCCUUUUUUUUUUUGUACAGCGAUAUUGACUUUUAAUCAUCACCGUAACUGGGGGGGAAAAAAAGAGGAA